AUGAAGAUCCACCCAAAUAAGAUACUUUUUCCUAUAAUUCUCUCCAUAGCUUACUUGCUAUUAUGUCCGAAUACAGAUGCGGCACAGAGUAAGCUAACCGGAUUGCCUUCCCAGAGAUCACAAAGACAAGCCGCGGGACCUCUUCCCAUUGAUUGUCACCUGAGCACAUGGUCACAAUGGACACAAUGCUUUCCUUGCCAAGAAAAACGAUUCAGAUCAAGGCAACUGGUACAACCAGCCAAAUAUGAAGGGAGAAUAUGUACUGGUAAUAUCUGGGACAGAGAAGCAUGUGAACCAAGAGAAUCAUGUGAUGUGGAACAAAGCUGUGGAAAUGACUUUCAGUGUCAGGAGACAGGGCGCUGCAUUAAACGUCACCUAGUAUGCAAUGGAGAGCUGGACUGCAGGGAUGGAUCUGAUGAAGCUGAGUGUGAUGAUGCUGUAAGUACAUGUGAAUAUCCAGAUCCAGUCCCAGGAAUUGAACGAGUUUCAAGUGGAUUCAACAUCCUUACACAAAAGCCAGCACUGUUAGUCUAUGACCCUAAGUACUUUGGAGGCCAGUGUGAAACUGUUUAUAAUGGAGAAUGGCGAGAGCUGAAGUAUGAUUCGACAUGUGAACAUUUGUAUUAUGGGGAUGAUGAGAAAUAUUUUCGAAGGUCCUACAAUCUUCACUUCUAUCAAUUUCUAGCUCAGGCUGAUACUGGUGUCUCUUCAGAAUAUUAUGAUGAUUCUGCAGAGUUACUGAGGGCCAUCAAAAAAGACACCUCUAGAAAUGUUGGUUUUACAGUUGGCAUAGGACCUGCUAGCGUUCCUGUGUCUCUGGAACUGGGCUUAACUUUAUCAAAGGGUUCAGGGACCCUGAACAAUUUUACUCAAUACAAAGAAAAGAAUGUAGGAUUUAUUAGAGCCAAAACCAAAGUACAAACAGCACGUUUCAAGAUGAGACGUGAUAAUAUAUACUUGGAUGAAGACAUGUUGCAGUCUCUGAUAGAGCUCCCAGAGGAAUACAAUUAUGGGAUGUACAGCAGAUUUAUUGAUGAUUAUGGCACCCAUUUCAUGACAUCUGGAACUAUUGGAGGCAUCUUUGAAUACAUCCUUGUUGUGAACAAAGACAAAAUGACGAGCUCAGAAAUUAAAAAGGAUUAUGUAAAUAGCUGUUUUGGGGCAUCGAUUGGCUUAAGUUUUCCAUUUCAAGAAACUAUGGAUGUAAAUACCAAGGUGAACUUCAGUAAAUGUGGCUCAGAUGGAGGCAUGGGCGGAGAGGACAAGGAAAAAAAGUCAGUAAUAGAAGAUAUUAUUCCUCGGGUUGAAGGUGGAGAUGCCUCAUCCAUUGCCAGAAUCAUGGAAAAUAAGAACUCCGUAGCAUACCGCUACUGGGGGAGGUCAUUAAAACUUAAUCCCACCAUUAUUGAUUUUGAGCUGCAGCCCAUACAUGAAUUAUUGUCUAGGACAAGCCUUGGUAAUAUGGAAACCAAGAAGAGGAACUUGAAAAGGGCUUUAGAUCAGUAUUUACUGGAAUUCAAUACCUGCCGUUGUGGUCCCUGUAAGAACAAUGGUGAACCAAUCCUCCUGGGAACUACCUGUUUUUGUGAGUGUAAGCCAGGCUACCUAGGCCCAGACUGUGGAGAAACAAAGAGGACAGGAUAUCCAGUCCAAGGUAGCUGGAGUUGCUGGACUCCAUGGGCAGCUUGUCAAAGUGGAUCUAGAAGCCGCACAAGACAGUGUGCAAAUCCACCUCCGGAAAAUGGUGGAACAACAUGCCCAGGCAGGAAUAUCCAGACAGAGGCAUGUUAA